AUGGUAUCUAAAGCUUUAAAGGCAAUAACCAUGAAACUUGAAUUGCACCUGAACAUCUAUUGGGAGCCAAUUUAUUUUUUUUCUUUGAAGGUUGAGCUCCGAGACAAUGAGAUUGAACGUUUAGGACUCGCACUAGAUGGCGGCCGUUCUCAUGAUGUAAUCUCUCUGGAAGCCAAAAGCAGAAGUAAUGAAAAAAUUAUUGAUCACUUGAAUUUGCAGGUUGAAUUUCUACAGCAAACAAACAAAGACCUUGAAAAGCGCAUAGAAGAUCUUUUGGAUAGCAGGCAAAAUAUGACCAGUGAGGUGGCUCAUUUAAGCAAUAAAAAUGAAGAACUGUGUCAAGAAUUGACUGAAAUUGAUCACUUGGCCCAACAGUUGGAGAGGCAUAAAGAAAUUGUGCUUGAAACGGCAGAUAAAGAAAUUGGAGAGGCGAAGGUAGGAAAAUUUCGGGAAUUACUAGAACAUCAAGAAUAUGUUCCAAUUACUUGA